AUGGGUGGCAAAACGGUGGUGGCCACCAAGGGGAUGCCGAGGGGGCUACCAGGGCAAUGGGCAGCUGAUCUGCGGGGCCAAAGUCACUUUGUCAGUCGACAGAUUUCGCAGGGUCUUCCUGCAGUGGCAUUGUCUUUGGCUGCAAGAAAAAGAGGAAGCUGCAGCUCUAGAACAGGGAUGCUGUUUUCUUCCUUCCUGAGCACAGUGAGCAUUAUUGGCGCCUCAUACUGCCUUGUGGUAUCUCUCCAUGCUCUUUUGGAAGGACCUCUAAUUUGCAAUCCAAAUGGCAAAGAUUCAUCCAACUGCAUCUCUUCAUUGAAAAAUGUAAGUAAUUUUCAAGAACAAGUCUUUCAGCUGGACUGGUUUUUCAAGGGUAACUGUGGACUGACUCUUCCAGACAAUUUCCUAACUAAUAAUGAUAUCUUGGGUCUUCACCGUAGUAAAAUCAGCCGGUCUUUUGGCUCUGAUGAAAAUGAGCAGAAGAUUCUCCACCUUUCUGUACUCAUUGGUCUGUUUAUAACUGGUGUUCUUGAGAUCCUUUUUAGUGCCAGCCAGAUAAUGGUUGGUAUCUUUGGCGGCAUUUGUGGAACUUCUGCCAAGAGAAGAAGCAGGAUGGUGUAG